UUGUCCUCUCCCUUCCCCCAGCCGCCCGAGAGCCCCCCUUGCACGCCGCCCCCCGCCCCCCGGCGCCCGGACGAUGCUCAAGUCUCGGCUCCGCAUGUUCCUGAACGAGCUGAAGCUGCUGGUGCUGACGGGCGGGGGGCGGCCCCGGGCCGAGCCGCAGCCCCGGGGGGGCGGGGGAGGCGGCUGCGGCUGGGCGCCCUUCGCCGGCUGCUCGACCCGGGACGGCGACGGAGACGAAGAGGAGUACUACGGGUCCCAGCCGAGGGCCCGGGGCCUGGCCGGCGACAAGGAGCCGCGGGCCGGACCCCCGCCGCCGCCCGCGCCGCCGCCGCCGCCCCCGGGCGCGCUGGACGCCCUGUCGCUCAGCAGCAGCCUGGACAGCGGGCUCCGAACCCCCCAGUGCCGAAUCUGCUUCCAGGGCCCGGAGCAGGGGGAGCUCCUGAGCCCCUGCCGCUGCGACGGCUCCGUGCGCUGCACGCACCAGCCCUGCCUCAUCCGCUGGAUCAGCGAGCGGGGCUCCUGGAGCUGUGAGCUCUGCUACUUCAAGUACCAGGUCCUGGCGAUCAGCACCAAGAAUCCCUUGCAGUGGCAGGCCAUCUCCCUGACGGUCAUUGAGAAGGUCCAGAUUGCAGCCAUAGUUCUGGGCUCACUCUUCCUUGUCGCCAGCAUCUCCUGGCUCAUCUGGUCCUCACUCAGCCCUUCAGCCAAGUGGCAACGGCAAGAUCUGCUCUUUCAGAUCUGCUACGGCAUGUACGGCUUCAUGGAUGUCGUCUGCAUAGGCCUCAUCGUCCAUGAAGGCUCCUCUGUCUACCGUAUCUUCAAGCGCUGGCAGGCAGUAAACCAGCAGUGGAAGGUCCUGAAUUACGACAAGACCAAGGACAUAGGAGGAGAUGCAGGGGGAGGGACGACAGGGAAGCCGGGCCCCAGGACCUCACGGACGGGCCCCCCCACUGGGGCCACCAGCCACCCCCUGGCCGCCCAGCGCAUGCGGACGCUCUUGCCUCAGCGCUGUGGUUACACAAUCCUGCAUCUACUUGGACAGCUGCGGCCACCAGAUCCCCGUUCCAGUUCCCAUUCUGGCCGCGAGGUUGUCAUGAGGGUCACCACAGUCUGAACUAAACUCCAGGAGUGGGGAUCUUGAAUCAGUGCAUCAGCCAGAGAUAAGCUGUCAUGGCUGCUGGAGGUACCACCUGGACAAGGUGUUUGGGGCACACUGCCCCACCACUGAGGAUCUCUGUGGGCAGCCUCAAGCUGGAGACAUUGUCUGGCCUCUACUGCCCACUGGGUAGAGAUGCCUGGAUGACAUUCCAGCCCCCACUGACAGCUCCUCACACUCAUCUUGCGGCAGCCAGUGGGCAGGUGGGGAGAGCAUCUUUUCUUCCCUAGAGAACCGUCCUUACCUCAGCUCCUAGGGCCUCCAGCCCCCCAGCUCCACUAUGGUGACUUGGUGAAGGGGGACCAAUGCCAGAAGAAAGGGGCUGUAGACCCCCCCAAUCCCCACCCCAUGGCCACAGGGCAGCUGGCAAUAAGACUAGUAUACAUUGACCUCCCAUUCCCUGCAUGAGGGUGGGGGUACUUCCCCCUGCUCCUCCCCCCAUUGCAUGGGGGGAGGGCAUAAAGAAUCAUUUAUAUGCA